AUGACCUUAACGAAAGAGAGUUCCCACAGGGCUCUUCCACCCCCUUCUGUGGUGGCCAAGGCCGACAUGGACAGCACCAGAGAGAAGGAGGCUCUGCUGCAAUCUGUGACGAGAACUGGAGCAGUGGUGCCAAGGAAGCGAGCGGAGGGAAGGCUGGUCAUGCACAGCAUGGCGAUGUUCGGCCGGGAGUUCUGCUAUGCCGUGGAGGCCGCCUUUGUCACGCCGGUACUGCUCAGUGUAGGGCUGCCCAAGAACCUCUACAGCCUGGUGUGGCUCAUCAGCCCUAUCCUGGGCUUCGUGCUGCAGCCCGUGGUAGGUUCAGCCAGUGAUCACUGCACCUGUAGCUGGGGCAGGAGGCGACCUUACAUUCUGGGUCUGGGCAUCAUAAUGCUGUUAGGCAUGGCUUUGUACCUCAAUGGGGACGUGAUGAUCUCAGCUUUCAUCGGUGAGAGAGACAAUCAGCGGACGUGGGCAAUAGUCAUUACCAUGCUGGGAGUAGUGCUUUUUGAUUUUGCAGCUGAUUUUAUUGAUGGCCCCAUCAAAGCAUAUUUAUUUGAUGUCUGCUCUCAUCAGGAUAAAGAGAAGGGUCUGCAUUACCACGCCCUCUUUACAGGUUUGGGAGGAGCCCUGGGUUACCUGACAGGUGCUAUGGAUUGGGGUCAAACUGUACUAGGAUAUUCCUUGGCAUCGGAAUUCCAGGUGAUUUUCUUAUUCGCAGCCUUGGUUUUCCUAAUCUGCCUUACUGUACAUCUGCGCAGUAUUCCUGAGGUCCCACUCAGAUUCGAAAAUGAAGAGACAACGUUCUUGUUGGAAUCCUAUAAAUAUAGCUCCGUAGAGGAGGAUAUCAAGAACAGUUACUUAAAAUCAACACAUACUGAAAUAAAGGCUGCAGCUAAACAAGGGAAACCCGCUGUUACGUCACGUGCAGAGGAUCAAAGGCGGAUGACUCCUAAAUCACUUUUGAGGACACUUUUAAGCAUGCCAUCCCACUAUCGCUAUCUCUGUGUGAGCCACCUCUUUGGAUGGAUGGCUUUCCUGUCCAACAUGCUCUUCUUCACGGAUUUCAUGGGACAGGUUGUAUACCAGGGUAGUCCUUAUGCACCUCAUAACUCCACGCUUUACCUUACCUACAAAACAGGAGUAGAGGUGGGAUGCUGGGGGCUGUGCAUCAAUGCAAUUUCUUCAUCAGUCUAUUCUUACCUGCAGAAAAUCCUUCUGCCAUACAUAGGAUUAAAGGGACUUUAUUUCAUUGGAUACCUACUUUUUGGAUUGGGAACUGGAUUAAUUGGCUUGUUUCCCAACGUCUAUUCCACCCUGGCUCUCUGUUCCCUCUUUGGUGUCAUGUCCAGCACGCUGUACACAGUGCCAUUCCACCUCAUUGCAGAGUAUCACAGGGAAGAAGAGAGCCUGAAGCUGCAGGAUGGGGAACAAGCUGGAGAGCGCGGGCGAGGGAAGGGCAUUGACUGUGCCGCUCUCACCUGCAUGGUCCAGCUGGCCCAGAUCAUUCUCGGUGUGGGCCUGGGGCUCUUGGUUAGUGUUGCCGGCAGCGCAGUCACUGUGAUUUCGGCAUCUAUGGUGGCACUGAUCGGCUGCUGCUUUGUUGCUUUUUGUGUUCGAUAUAUGGAGUAG